CUUAUCUUUCUUUUUCCCGGAAACCUCCUUGAUUUUCUUUUGGCUCCAAGCCAUCUCCUUAACAUCUCUACAAGAAGCAAAACCCUUUUUUAAUGUACCAGUGAGAACCCUGUUGUGACCUCAUCUUUCCUUUUUCUUUUCUUUUUUAUCCUUAAUCUCAGAGCUAGGCAUGGAUAAAGCACUGAGUGUUGAUCAAAGGAAAGCAAGCGGAAAGGCGAAAGCGAAGAAGACAACAACCAAACCAUUCAAAGUAGUGUACAUCGGCAACCCCAGAAUGGUGAAGGUCAAAGAGUCAGAAUUCAGGGCUUUGGUGCAAGAACUGACUGGCCAAGACGCCGACAUAUCAGACCCCACCGUGUUUGAAGAGAUCCACGAUGUCGGUGGCAAUCAAAAGGUUCCUGAUGUUGCUAACAAUGAGAAUGAACUUGAACUGGACGUCCCUCCAGUGGACCGUGGUGAUGAGACACCUCAGAUGUCUGAUGUUCCGAUGGAGCAGUUGGAUGAUGUCUUCACGCCUCAGCUACUGGAGAAUUUCACCGGCCUAUUGCAGUCCACUUUGUGGUAUGAAUCUCCUCAAGUUAAUGUGCUGAGGAGCCUUUAAGACAGUGUAAAUUGAGUAAGCUUUCUUAUGCCUACCCCUACAAGUAUGAUGCUUAUAACCGUUGUCUGUAUUCAUGUUUGGUCCUUGUACUAAUUUAAGGAAAAAAAAAAUGUUGGUUUCUUUUCUUUUCUUUUCUUUUCUCUUCUCCCUGACAUCCAAGAUCCGGAUUGUGUUUGGGAACCCUUGAUUUUGCGCUCUUGCUCGGGGUUAGCCGAAAGAACUGGUUCAAAGUGCAGAACGCAGUCUGGCCGGAACCUACUCAUCUGCCUAUCUAAAGACGAGUGCAAAUUUGAAGGUCCAAAAGAGUGAUUCCCCCUAACUGGAAUAACCUAUCCCUGACACCAACACACAACCCUGGUUGAGACGAUGUGAGAACUGAGGAACAUAAGCUGUGUGGAAAAUGUGGUUUAGUAAAGUAAGGGAAAAUUUGUGGUUGAAAUCAUUUUCCCAUGCCCCAAAUGGAAGAUAUGAUUACGAAGCUAUGGAAGAUGAAGAUGUCGAGUAAAUCUAUGAAUGUGCAUUUGGGCCUAUCUAUCUCCCAUGGAAAUGGAAUGGUUUCAUUAUUAUCUUUUCUA